AUACAAUAAGGUGAGAUCGACUAAAGUCCCCUACUUCUAAACACGGUGUUCCCCGGAGCUCAAACCCAUCGAAAAGAUAUCGCCACACCUCAAUGAGCGUCAAUUGCGUUUCAGUUGACUACUGAAAAAGGUUGUUUCUCGCCGAGUUAAAGAAAGAAAAUAGGUGUAAAACUGCCUCUCGCCCUGCAGGGCCGGUGGAAAGUACGACUGGCGGGGUGACUUUGAAAAGAAAGGAUUCUGGAGCGAUUCUUAGCAUGAGUACGGAUACUCUACCACCACAGUGCAUGGACACCUCCUUGGUACGGCCCGGGGGCUCGGCUCUGCGCUUCCUCGACGUAGGGUCUCAUCACUACCACGCAGCCCAUCAGAGUUUAGGGACUGUGCCAGGCUUCAGCAUCCCAACACCUGCUUACUCUGCCCCGGCCCACUCGGCCGCCGAGAGCACGGCGCUCAGCUCUGGGUUGUCGGAUAGCACGGGGAUGACGCUCAACAUGAAUUCCUACGGCAUGGAUACCUCCCAUAUGACGAGCACGUUAAAGCUAAGCCCGCCGCAUCACAUGUCGAGCGAGCACCAAAGUUCUGGACAGCCGAAUUUCAGUAGCCAGACGCAUAAUGGGUAUGUACCGCACUCCCAUGCCCCCCAUCAUCCAUCGCAUCACAGCAUGAGCAGCUACCCCGCCCCGCAACCCUUCCCAACCUCUCGGGAUUACCUCAUCCGAAGAGACCCUCUCGCUGGCACCACCAUGCCUCCAUUCAAUGGACUAUCCUCGCACGACCCGAUGCCCAGCAACACGGCGAGCCACCACAGCAUGUUCCCGACAAGCAGCUCUCUGCAUCACGGGCACCACGCCGACACCGGCUCCGCUCACGUCAUCUUCCCGAGUUUCCACGACCAAACCACCGGCUCCAUGAACGGGCAGAUGAGACUGGGACUGACGUCCGACAUGAGAUCGGACCAGUUUAACCACCACAUGUCAGCGCCGAGAAACGAUUACCUAACCACGCCACAACUCCACAACCACCACAUGAAUAUGAACAUGAAUAUGAACAUGGGACCCCCGCACCACCCCGCCGCCCACCACGGCCCGCACCACGCCGCGUUCUUCCGAUACAUGCGGCAGCCGAUCAAGCAAGAACUGAGCUGCCUGUGGAUUGACCAAGACCUGCCCGAACCCAGAAAACCCUGCAAUAAAACAUUCACAACCAUGCACGAAAUCGUGACUCACAUAACCGUCGAGCAUGUCGGAGGGCCAGAACAGACGAACCAUACAUGUUUUUGGCAGAAUUGUUCUCGAGAACAGAAACCUUUCAAAGCCAAGUAUAAACUGGUCAAUCAUAUUCGUGUCCAUACUGGUGAGAAACCCUUCCCUUGCCCGUUCCCCGGGUGUGGGAAAGUCUUCGCUAGGUCGGAAAACCUCAAGAUUCACAAGAGAACACAUACAGGUGAGAAACCUUUCAAGUGCGAGUUCGAGGGAUGCGAUCGUCGCUUUGCCAACUCCAGCGACCGUAAGAAACAUUCUCACGUACACACCUCGGAUAAGCCCUACAACUGCCGUGUCAGAGGCUGCGACAAGAGCUACACACACCCGAGCUCCUUACGCAAACACAUGAAGGUGCACAGCAAAUCACCGCCGCCACCGGGUUCAUUCGAUGACGUCAACGAUAGUAGUAGUGAGCCCUCACCGGCGGGAUCGUCGGAACACAACAGCCAGGCUGUCGGAGGUGGCAGCGGGGGGACCACGGGAGGAGCGGGUGUCGGUGGAAGCAGCGGUGGCUCGAUCACGGCGUCGAGCUUAGCGACGAACGCGGGAACGAACUUGAGUGAAUGGUACGUGUGCCAAAGUGCGGGAGGCAUGCCCACCCCUCCCAGUAACGAGCCUUCCCCGGUAGGGACGGGAGCCAAUAACCAUGGUCCAAGUGUGGGUUCGACACUCUUGACGCAUUCUGCAGGCCUAGGUCGGGGACCCAACACAGGAUCGUCAUACCCGUGACUGACGGGUAGGUGUCCAGUCGUUAGCCUGGACUAUUAAAAUGUUUUGCCAAAAGACUGUCUAAGACAUUUAAUGAAUAGAGAAUUGUCAUUAAUGGACAAUCAAACAUAUUUUAUUGUUACCGAUGCUAACAGUAAGGACACACUUGCUCUUAAAACUUAGGCGUAUUUGCCAAUUUCUUUAUGUAGCUCUCUUUUACGUGUGUCUUAUAUGUGUCCCCAGUGCAUCAUUUGUCUUCUUAUACCUCAUCUCUUUUUCGUUUCUCUCACCUCUUCUUACCUGUUUUCGUUUUUUUUUAACUAUUCUUCCUUUUUCUUCCUUUCCUUUCUUUCUUUCUUUCUUUAUUUAUUUAUUUA